AUGACUGAAGAAGCAGAGAACGGCGACACGGAGGAAGUCGAGAAACCCACCGAUGUUGAAGCUGCAGAAGUUGUGGAGGACCUUGAUGCCGUCAAAGAGGAUCCGAAGCCCAAGCGUCAACGGCGCAAUCGAUGGGGUCAGGAGCCGGAAGCCCCUCCCAUGCCAAGUGCCGAUGAUCUGGCACUUGCACCAUUGAUGAGCAUGGACACUGCAGCUCUGGGUCUUCUGCCAGUGCAGCCUGGCAUGGGAGCCACGCCGGGCAUCGGUGCAGGGGCAUCCCUGGACUUGUCAGCUGCAGCACAGGCCGCUCGCGAAGCCCUUGAAAAGGCAAAGCGGGCGGCGAUGUUCCAGCGGCAGAUCCAGGAGCAGAUGAGCAAGAUCAAGGGCCAAGGCCUUGGUGGAGGCUUCAUGGGCGCUGAAGCCCCGAAGGCGCGAAAGCUGAUCCUCGACGAAUUCGGCCGUGAGCUGGACGAGGAUGGACAGGUCGUCCCCAUGAAGCCCCAGGUGGUGAGCACGCUGAAAGUGAACAUCAACCGCGAGAAGGAGGCUAGGCUGAAGAAGAUCCUGGGCCUGAAGAAGGAUGGUGCCGGAGGCGAGAGCUCCUACUUCGACUCCACGCUGAAGGUCAAGGAGCGGUUCGAGCGCCAGAAGCGACGCAACUUCAGGUUCAUCGAGGAGGGAGAGCUUGUCAAGAAGGAGCAGAAGAUGAUCAAAAAAGUGCAGGAGAAGGCGCUUGGCCUCGACAAGAAGGACGACAAGAAGAAAAAGGAGGAGGAGCAGAAGAAGCAGGAGAAGAAGAAGGAAGAGGAGGAGGAAAAGGAGCAGCCGGUCAAGAAGAUUGAGCCGAAGGUGAUGAGGAGAGAGCCCAUCCCCGACGUGGAGUGGUGGGAUGCUCCCUUCCUCAAGGAGGACCAGUAUGGCCAGAGGAGGGCUUACACAGAGGUGAAUGUGGAGAAGAUCACUCCAUAUGUGGAGCAUCCCAUCCCGAUCAAGAUCACCACCGAGAAGGAGGCGCCAGAAGCUGCGAUGAUGCACCUGACGCCCAAGGAGCGCAAGAAGCUCAGGCGCUUGAAGCGUCAGGAGAGAACGCAGGAGAUCCGCGAUAAGAUUAAGAUGGGUAUCCUGCAGGCCCCACCGCCGAAGGUGAAGAUGGCCAACUUGAUGCGCGUCCUGGGAGAUGAGGCCGUUGCUGACCCCUCCACGGUGGAGCGAAAAGUCAGGCAGCAGGUGGAGCAGCGGCGGAAGGAGCACGAGCAGCGCAACGAGGCGCGCAGGCUUCCCGCAGAAGAGCGGAAGCAAAAGAAGAAGCAGAAAUGGAUGGCAGAAGGCGAACCAGUGGUGCAGGUGCUCGUGUUCAAGAUCAAAGACCUGGCGAACAAGAAGCACUUGUUCAAGAUCGAUAUGAACGCACAGCAGUUCCACCUCACAGGUUGCUGCAUAGCCUGCCCUGGCGUUGCCAACAUCGUUGUGGUGGAGGGUGGCCCGCGUGCCAUCAAGCGAUACAAGAAGCUCAUGAUCAGGCGGAUCAAGUGGACCGAAGAGCAAGCUGACGAGGACGAUGAUGACGAGGACCAGGAUGAGGUGACGGCCCCCAAGCUCCAGGACCACUGUGUCCUCGUUUGGGAAGGUGUGGUGAAGCAGCGAAGCUUCAAGAACUGGAAGGUGAGCCACGUCAGGAACGAGCCGGAGGCUCGAAAGCUCCUCAACGACCGGCAAGCUGAUCAUUACUGGGACAUGCUGGCACGAUACCGCGACCCGCGCAUGGACAUCUGA